AUGGACCCUGCUAUGAUUCUUUUACUUGAGGAUACACAAAGGCUGUCUGCACCACCAAUCAGGACUUUUCAGGCAAAGUCAAGCAAUCAAAAACAGGUUUCCAUCCAGGGCCACAGGUACACCAAGACUCGAGGAGCAUAUGCUCAUUGUCUUUUGUAUGCUUCUAGUGCCUUCCGUCCAGGUCAAGCAUCAGGGAUCCGAUCAGAGUCCACGGUUAUCAGUAUCCAUUCCAUCCAGGUCAAGCUUCAAGGUUCAGGUCAAGUAUUCAUUCCAUCCAGGUCAAGCUUCAAGGUUCAGGUCAAGGUCAACGGAUUCAGGUCGAGGUCCACGGUUUCAGUAUCAAAUUCCAUCCAGGUCAAGCAUCAAGGAUCCGAUCAGAGUCCAUGGUUUUCAUGUAUAUCAAACCUAGAUGAGCAGUUACUCAUUUGUUUUUGUAUAUUUGAACUAUCCAUUCCAUCCAGGUCAAGCUUCAAGGUUCAAGUCAAGGUCCACCGUUUCAGUAUCCAUUCCAUCCAGGUCAAGCGUCAAGGUCCAGGUCAAGGUCCACGGUUUUCAGGUAUAUCAAACCUCGAUGAGCAGUUACUCAUUUGUUUUUGUAUAUUUGAACUAUCCAUUCCAUCCAGGUCAAGCUUCAAGGUUCAAGUCAAGGUCCACCGUUUCAGGUCAAGCUUCAAGGUCCAGGUCAAGGUCCACGGUUUUCAGGUCAAGCUUCAAGGUCACGUCAAGGUCCACGGUUGUCAGUAUCCAAUCCAUCCAAGAAAAGCAUCAAUGUUCCGAUCUCCCAGCUAUGUUUCAGCCAUCCAGGUCAAGUGUCAAGGACCCGAUUUCCCGGCAAUGGCCAUCGAUAUCAGGCGUCAAGGUUGCGAUCUUCCAGCCAAGUGUUCAGUCAUCCAGGUCAAUCAACAGGAUUCUGAUCUCCCGUCCAUGGUUAUAGCCAUCGAUGUUAGGCGUCAAGGUUCCGAUCUUCCAGCUAUGGUUAUAGUGUUCAGUCAUCCAGGUCAAUCAACAGGAUUCUGA